CUCGGGGCCAUGGAGUCUCAGGUGGCGGGGGGCCCGGCUGGCCCGGCCCUGCCCAACGGGCCACUCCUUGGUACAAACGGAGCCAGUGAUGACAGCAAGACCAACCUCAUCGUCAACUACCUGCCCCAGAACAUGACCCAGGAUGAGUUCAAGAGUCUCUUCGGCAGCAUUGGUGACAUUGAGUCCUGCAAGUUGGUUCGGGACAAGAUCACAGGGCAGAGCCUCGGCUACGGGUUUGUGAACUACUCUGACCCCAACGAUGCAGACAAAGCCAUCAACACCCUCAACGGCCUCAAACUGCAGACGAAGACCAUCAAGGUGUCCUAUGCCAGGCCCAGCUCCGCCUCCAUCCGGGAUGCGAACCUGUACGUCAGCGGGCUCCCCAAGACCAUGAGCCAGAAAGAGAUGGAGCAGCUCUUCUCCCAGUACGGCCGCAUCAUCACUUCUCGCAUCCUGGUGGACCAGGUCACAGGUGUCUCUCGGGGUGUGGGAUUCAUCCGCUUUGACAAGAGGAUCGAGGCCGAGGAGGCUAUCAAAGGACUGAACGGGCAGAAGCCGCUGGGUGCGGCCGAGCCCAUCACGGUCAAGUUUGCCAACAACCCGAGUCAGAAGACCGGGCAGGCCCUGCUCACUCACCUCUACCAGUCCUCCGCCAGGCGCUACGCAGGCCCGCUGCACCAUCAGACACAGCGCUUCCGGCUGGACAAUUUGCUCAACAUGGCCUACGGAGUCAAGAGUCCCCUGUCGCUCAUCGCCAGGUUCUCACCCAUCGCCAUCGACGGCAUGAGCGGCCUCGCGGGCGUGGGCCUGUCGGGGGGCGCGGCGGGCGCUGGCUGGUGCAUCUUCGUGUACAACCUGUCUCCGGAGGCGGAUGAGAGUGUGCUGUGGCAGCUGUUCGGGCCCUUCGGGGCAGUCACCAAUGUCAAGGUCAUCCGCGACUUUACCACCAACAAGUGCAAGGGCUUUGGCUUCGUCACCAUGACCAACUAUGACGAGGCGGCCAUGGCCAUCGCCAGCCUCAACGGCUACCGCCUGGGCGAGCGCGUGCUGCAGGUGUCCUUCAAGACCAGCAAACAGCACAAGGCCUGA